CGUCUACAAGCACUCACAUGAUGAAGACAACUGCCUGUCUCGUUACUGUUCUGCUCAUCUGUAACUUCAUCCCCGCCUGUGGAAAAGUGCUCAAAGACAAGACAUCACGAACCAAGAGGCAAUGUAUUGGUAUUAUGUGCUGUACUACUGGAGGCAGUGGCUCCGGCGCCGGCUGUGGCAGUGGCAUCUCUGCGGCUGCUCCGACUGCAGCAGCAAGUUACGCUGCACCCGCGGCUGCGACAUCUUACGCUGCUCCUGCUGCUCCUACAAGCUAUGCAGCUCCAGCUGCUACAUCUUACGCUGCUCCCGCAGUUUCGAAUGGCUAUGCUGCCCCAGCCACCUCCGUGUCUUACGCUGCACCUGCGGCUACUACAUCUUACGCAGCUCCUGCGGUAUCUUACGCUGCU